AUGUCGUACUAUAAGUUCAAUGAAGACUUUGUCGAGUCCGGCGACCUUAUUACUGCCUACGUAUGGUGUAUGCGGGACGGAACAAUUGGCAAGGCCACCCUCUUCAACGAAGCAAAGAACAUUUACGACAGUGGCGAGUUGGGUAUCGGCGGCGGAGCUUCGAGCGAAAACCACGAUAUUCGUUUAGGGGAUGUUGUAGUCAGUACACCAUGUGGAAAGGAGGGUGGCGUGAUUCAGUACGACUUUGGCAAAGCAGUGCAGAAUAGAAGCUUCCAGUAUACGAAGCUUUUAGAUCAACCUCCAACUGCACUACGGACUGCCCUUAACGGAAUUAAGGCACAGUAUAAGAGAAAAGGCCACCGGCUUCAAGAAGAAAUAGAAAUCGCUCUUUGCAAUAACCCCAGAUUACGGAAGAGCUGCACAACACUAUGCAGUGAUGACCCGGACAACUUGGUAUCGCGACCGAUGAGGGAACAAGAUGAGGAUAAUAUAGUCGAGGCCCAUCGUUGGACUGUUGGUUCCGUUCUAGGGACCUUACUUGACUGUCGCUCGAACACUACCCAAGCGAGGGUGACCGCAGCAUGGUCUGUCCGGACUUCAGCCGCUUAA